CCGGCGUCAAUGAGCUGGGGCUGUUCUCUUAAAAACGUAAUAAGGCGCAGGGGUAUCGCUAGCACAUAUUGAACACUACAUUAAAAAAGCGAUUAUCGGAAGUAAGGCAGAACCAGCCCCCGGUCUUUCGAAGGGAGAUACUCAAUCAGACGGACUCAUUUAGAGGCGGCAGUCUGGCGAAAUGUUUAAAACAGAAAGCCUACACGAGAACGCGCACCUGUUGGACGAGGCCAAGAAGAACACUUAAGCAGUUUCCAUUAUCUCGAAGACAUCGCAUGGCCUCUAAGUAGCGAAGUAAUGCUUUUCCUGAAAACGCAGACCUCUCAGUAUAGUGAAGGAGCGGUGCGGCGGGGCAGGUGAACUCCUCAGUCCCGCCUCUUCGUGGGGAGGUGACAACCCAAAGUCAAGUUGCUCGGAGGAGCGAGGCCGGCCACUUAGCCACUCUUCGGAUUAAGUUACGUACGUACCUGAGCAUUAUGAAGGACCGGUGUAUGGAAUUUGGGCAGUUGUGACUUGUCAAUGUAUCCUGAGUUUGAGUAGUCGUGAUGUUACACUGGAAUCCUGGUGAAAGUCUUCCAAAAGAACUCACUGGUCAUGACAUCUCUAGCACAAGCAACUUCCCCGAAGAAAAUGAUGAGACUGUGAACACAAACUCUGAGCAGUUUCUUAGCUCACCUCCUAUCGUGAAGAAUCGGACUGGCAAAAUGGCAGGAUCAUUAAACCCCUUUUCCCAAUUGUCUGUGGAAAGCUCAAGCAGUUACCGACCCAAUGCCCCCUACCCAAGUCCUAUGUGGGCCUGUCCCAGCUGCCCAGAAAGAUAUGCUGGAGAAUGGCCGAGUAGCAGCAGCAGAGGUCGAGGUGCUGGAAUAGCCUAUGCCGAUUCACUGUACUCCUUAUCCCCAUCUGUAAGCUUUGAGGGUUAUUUGAGAAGCCAUCAUCAUGGUACCUCCAAUUCUGCUACUUUUUCUUCUCUCAAUAGCUGUUACCUGGAGCCCCCUCAAUCUUUGCACUCUAUGCCCCAGAAUGUGUUCACUAAUCCACCUACACCAUACCUCCAUAGACCUGGUCAACCAGCAUGUUGUGCUUCUAGCAAUUCUCCGGUAACACCUUCUGAGAAGCUGUUUACAUGGCAGGAUUGCAACUUUCCCAGGAUGCCAGAUCCAGCAUGCUACAAACCAGGGGCGGGCUCCACACAAAGAACACAAAUUCCAACACAUGACCCCCAAAGAAAUGGAAAGCAGUUAGUCAUGCCAAUAUCACUGGAACAGAGGAAAGUGUUUGUAACAUAUGAGACAGACAAUGACGAUCAUGUACAUGAGAUAAUCCGCUUUGUCACGUUGCUGAGGCAGAAUGGAUUUGAUGCACAUAUUGACAUGUUUGAACAAAAUUUUCGAAGUAUAAGCAAAAUUGACUUUAUGGAAAAAUUCAUCAGUGAGAAGGACUUCCUGAUUAUUAUUGUGAUCAGCCCAAAAUAUUAUGAAACUGUGAAGCCUUACAGGCACGAAGGGAUGAAGAAUGAUGAAAGUGCCUUAAACACUGUCUACAUAUACAAGCAGUUACAGAAUGAGUAUAUCCAAAAUGGCAGCAGAAAUUUCCGUUUUGUUCCCAUCAUCUUCCCUGGUGCAGAGAAGUGUCAUGUUCCCUACUGGCUGCAGAAUACGAACGUGUACCGAUGGCCUCAGGACAUGCAGGACAUUCUCCGGCGGUUAAUGCGUGUUGAAAAAUACAACCCUCCACCAAUUGGAGAACUGCCAACCAUUGUGUCCAUCCCAAUUUAAUGUUCCUCCUCACAAUUCAUCAGUGACUCCAAUACUUUGGUUCCAAGAAUAUUGCAUUGUCAGGUGACAAUGCUAACUUGGAAAUUUCAAGCCUUGAGGAUCUGGGACCGUUGGCAUCUGUGUCAUUGUCAGGAUUUAAAUCAUCGAAUACACAGCAUUUAUCAAGAUACCCUCAAUGGUAUGUGCAAUAUUUCUGGAUUCAAGAAAUGUUAUCUUUGAGAGUCGCACCCCCUUCUGCAGGUACUGUCUUGCCUGAUAUGAAGAUUUGAAGGAUCCUAGCUGGAAUUUUUUUUUGUUGUUGAAUGCACUAUGUUGUUUUGACCUGAGCACAAGUGAGUGCUGCCCAAGUUGUGUUUCACCUAACCUUCAUCCUUCACCUGUCCAGCUCAUCAGGAUAAGAGGAGUGACACGACAAAUUGUGGGAUAAGCCCCACAAAUGCAUUGAUAUGGAUGAUAUUUUGGAAGCAUUUGCCAUGUGCAGUUUUGACUACCUGAUUCAUAAUGACCUGUUUUAUUUGUGAAUGUAUUAUGAACUUGGCUUUUGUAUUCUCUCGGGUGUCCAUCUCACUGUUUUUCAGGUUCUGUUCAAGAAAUAGUUCUGCAAGACCGACACUUUCAAGACUUUUGUGCCUACUGUACAUAACGUAGUACAAAUUAACACAAGGGCUGUGAAGGGCAAAGAAGGAAAACUGCUUUUUAUGUAUUUGGUGUAACCUAAUUUUAAUUGACUGCAUGCUAACAAUUCCAGUUUUCUGGGAUAAUAUAUCAUUUUUACAUUUUUGGUACAUCUAAAGGGACCUUCUGGGUUUGGGUGCUGUUUUCGUAUGAUGUUCUACAUUUGCUGUUUUCUUCCUUUCAAUAUAAAUAAAAAAAAACUCUCAUUA